AUGCAGAUUCCGGUGAUCGAUCUCGGGCCUUACUUAGAAUUAUCUGGAAAAGACCCGAACCCCGAUGAAGACGACCUCGAUUCGGAGAUGAGGAUCCUUUGCGCGGAGGUCAGCCGAACCCUAAGAGAUACGGGAGCUUUACUCGUCAAAGAUCCACGGUGUACAGCUCAAGACAACGACCGCUUCCUCGAUAUGAUGGAGAAAUAUUUCGAAAUGCCCGACGAUUUCAAGCGCCGGCAAGAACGUCCCCACCUCCAUUACCAGGUUGGAGUAACACCGGAAGGGGUCGAAGUACCCCGCAGUUUAGUGGAUCGAGAAAUGCAAGAGAAGCUAAGAGCAAUGCCAGCAGAGUUUCAACCAGCCACUCCCACUGGACCAGAUCCAAAGUGGCGAUAUAUGUGGAGAGUUGGUCCACGGCCAUUGGUUACCCGUUUCAAGGAACAAAACUCGGAGCCUGUCAUACCAGAGGGGUUCCCUGAGUGGAAGGAUACCAUGGAUUUAUGGGGUUAUAAAAUGAUAUCUGCUUUAAAGGCUGUUGCUGAAAUGGCUGCAAUUGGAUUUGGUUUGCAAAAGGAUGCAUUCACUUCUCUUAUGAAGCAGGGAUCUCACCUGCUUUCUCCGACAGGAAGUGAUCUGAAACGACAUGGUCAAAUAGGCACUGUGUUUGCUGGGUACCAUUAUGACAUCAGCUUUCUUACAAUUCAUGGCAGGAGUAGAUUCCCAGGACUGAACAUCUGGCUUAGAAAUGGGCAGAAAAUGGAAGUCAAAGUUCCUGUGGGAUGCCUCCUUAUUCAAACAGGAAAGCAGCUAGAGUGGUUGACUGCUGGAGAAUGUACAGCUGGUAUGCAUGAAGUUGUCGUGACUGAUCGGACUAUAGAAGCAAUCAGAUUAGCUUCCGAGCAAAACCGCAGCUUGUGGAGAGUAUCCUCAACGCUUUUUGCGCAUGUAGCAACGGAUGAGGUGCUGAGACCUUUAGGACACUUUGCAGACUCACCCUUAGCCUUCAAAUACCCUCCUAUAUGUGAGGGUCAGUUUAUAGAACAGGAGCUCGCCGUUAUAAACCUGAAAGCAAACAAUGGGAAUUCCUGA